AUGGGGCUUUGGGCUUGGACAUUGAACUAGAUGCUAACUCCUAAAUUUUGGACUUUGGUUCGAAGAGAAGGAUUUUGGCAAACCUAUAUUAGAAUGCACAGAGCUUAAUCAAGAUCAAGUCAUUAUGCAGGAGGUUAAAAUGGGCCAAUCCAAUGCGUUGGCUAAGAUUAAUUUGGCAAUAAAUAUUAUGAAGAUUUUGAUGUCACACAUCGAAAUCAAAGGAGAUGGGUCGAAUAUAAUGAUUAUUUCAACCCAUGGCAUACUCUUGGAGAUAGGGUUCCUCCAAUAUGGCAUGGUUGGAUGGCACAUGUCUAUGAUGAGGCUCCUUCCAGAACUGGGCAUUCAUAUUUUGUUUAGCCAUUUUAUUAGAAACCUGCAACAGACAAUCAAUCACCCACACCUAAUCAUUAUUUUCCUUAAGGAGCAAUGCAAAGUUUAAAUAGAUUAGAAUUUAUCAAAUACCAUAGAGAUAGAAGAGCAGCUCCUUUUGAGCCAGGACAAUCCCAAGGAUUUGAAGGAAAGAAACUAAUAGUUGAAAGACAGAGCUAUUCAGAGGAUGUAAUGGCAAAUAGAGAAUGA